UUGGAACACCAUUGACAAGUUUCAAUAGGAGCGGCAGACGUCGUCUGCUGAGUAUCGCCGCCCGUGUCGCAGACGCUGCUGCUUCCCUGUCCUCAGCCUCCUGACACUUGAGCAGACACCAUGUGUGACACACCAGUUGACACGGGUAACGCCGCCCUCGACCAGAGAGCUCAAGAGUGGCUGGAGUGGGACCAGAAUGAUAAGACUCGUGAAGAAAUUGUGGAGCUGAUUUCAAAUGGAGAUGUUGCAGCACUGCAAAAACUGCUCCUGAAUCGGCUUCUCUUUGGCACUGCAGGACUUCGGGGUCGCAUGGGAGCUGGUUAUGCACAAAUGAAUGAUCUUGUGGUCAUACAAACAUCACAGGGUCUAGGCAGUUACCUCACAGCAGUUAACCCAGAAGCGAAGUCUAUGGGGAUUGUUAUUGGGCAUGACAGUCGCCAUAACAGUCAUCGGUUUGCAAGAUUGGCUGCUGCAGCUUUUCUGAAUGCAGGAGUACCUGUGUACCUCUACGGGAAAAUUGUUCCUACUCCUUUUGUACCAUUUGGUGUGAAUCAGUUAGGAGCAGCUGCUGGGAUCAUGGUCACAGCCUCUCACAAUCCUAAAGAAGAUAAUGGAUAUAAAGUCUAUUGGGAAAAUGGAGCACAAAUCAUACCACCAAAUGAUAAAGGCAUACAGAGAAACAUUGAGGAUAAUCUUGAACCUUGGGAAAAUGCAUGGGACAUAGAGAGAGCAAUGGCAGAUCCUAGACUGAGUGAUCCCUUGGUGGAUAUUUCUAACAAGUACUUCACCAUGUUGGCUGCCUCCAUGCUUGACAAGCAAAUGAACCAGGCAUCACCACUCAACUUCACUGUCACCGCCAUGCAUGGAGUCUCUCAUGAUUACAUGGUUGAGGCAUUCAGAUGCUGUAACUUUAAGCCACUAAUUCCUGUAAAGGAACAAAUGGUACCCGAUCCAGAAUUUCCAACUGUGAAAUUUCCAAAUCCUGAGGAAGGUAAGAGCGCACUAGACUUAUCUUUCAAGACUGCUGAUGGAAAUAACUCUACAGUGAUUUUGGCUAAUGAUCCAGAUGCAGAUAGACUUGCAGUAGCAGAGAAACAACCCAGUGGGCAGUGGAAAGUGUUUACUGGAAAUGAAGAAGGAGCACUACUUGGUUGGUGGGCUUGGUACCGUUGUCGUCAGCUUUCUCCAGACCUUCAACCAAGUGAAUGUUACAUGGUUGCUUCCACAGUUUCUUCAAAAAUCCUUAGUUCACUUGCACAGGUGGAAGGAUUUAAUUUUAUUGAAACGUUAACAGGUUUUAAAUGGAUGGGUAAUGUGUCUUACGAUCUACUGCAGAAGGGCAAGACUGUUCUGUUUGCAUUUGAGGAAGCCAUUGGAUUUAUGAAUGGGUCAGAGGUAUUGGACAAGGAUGGUGUGUCUGCUGCUAUGCGCUUAGCAGAAAUGGCAACCUUUUUGUCUAAGCAGAACAUGACGCUAACAAGUAAAUUAAAAGAGAUUUACAAGAUAUAUGGGUAUCAUACAAGCAACAAUUCAUAUUACAUUUGUCAUGACCAAAAAGUUAUCAACAAGAUGUUUGAGAGAAUGAGGAAUUUUGAUGAACCAAAUACUUAUCCAAAGAAUGUUGGAAAUGGCAGAUUCACCAUAACUGAUGUACGGGACCUGACUACAGGAUAUGAUUCCUCACAGCCCAACAAGACGGCAGUUCUGCCAGUUUCCAAGUCUAGUCAGAUGAUAACUUUCUCCUUCUCAAAUGGCUGUGUGCUUACACUGCGAACUAGUGGAACAGAGCCUAAAAUUAAAUAUUAUUCUGAGAUGUGUGCCAAACCAGAGCAAGAAGAUUGGGUGGCUCUGGAAGCAGAGUUAGGAGAGCUGGUGGACACCGUAGUGCAGGAGCUACUGCAGCCAGAGGUGAAUGGCCUCAUUCCACGAGCGGACUAACUUCCACACUCCACCGACAAUACUUUUUCGAAUACAUUUAUUUCCAGUAUUUUACUUGUUUAUUGUUUGUUUGCUUAUCACGUACAGUAUUUAUGUAGCAUUGAGUUUUAUUUAAUACAAGCUACUAGGUGCACAUGAUUUGUGAUAUACCUCUCUGGAAUUGAUACAAAAUACUGAAUCCAGUAAAAAAAGUUUGGUCACAAUUGUCUCAUUCAAUGUGAAUUGAAUGAAUUCAAUUACAUUGAAUGAAUUUACUGGAUUCAGUUUUUUGUCACUCCCUAAGAAAUGUAUAAUUUUAUGUUCGUCAUUUAAUUUGUACCAGAAACCUGUUUGGCCCAGAAACAAUCAUUUCAUAUUCAUUUUCUUAAUCAUUUUUGUUUUUGGUUAAUUGUACAAUGUGUGUGUGCGUGUGUAAAAUUCAUGUAUACACACACACACACACACACAAUUUAAAUAUAUGUACUAUAUGAUAUUAUUUAUUAUAAUAUACAGUAUGUAAAAUAAAUGUGUGUAAAUCACACCAAAAAAAAAAUAAUGCAAAACAUUUAUGACCACAGAACAAACAUGAAAUAAGUUCUUUUUUGAGUAUACAUUAUUUCAAAACAUCUUCAGAAGUAACAACACAGUGCAUACAAGGGUAAUAAAUAUAGACAGGAAUAAGGUAGCUACCCUGUGAGGUGGAAAAUGUUUAUAUUAAUGAGAGGUCAUGAAGAUAAUACAGGAAAUUGUGGGAUGCUUAUUGGCCCAUACAUGGCAGUUCUUAUUAAUGUCCCAAUGGGAACUGCUCUGUAGUAAUCGUCUUUCUUAAAAUUGUUUUUCAAUAGCUCGAUUAAAUAUGGAUCCAAAGUGUUUAAAUCAUUACUAAUUUUGUUACACUUUUUGGUGCUUUGUAUUCGAGCAGAUUCAAUAAGUAUUUAAAAUACUCUUUCAAUUGGUGAUUAAAUAUAUUAACAAAAUAAGCAGUGGAGAAAUUGUAGCUUGGGAACCUCCAUAAGCCUCACAGGUUUUCUAUCCCUGACUGAGAACCAAUGCUGCAGUAUUGUAUUGAAUUGACAAUGGCACAGUCAAACCAAACUACAUCAGCAUUACCUCAGUGCUUCAUGUAACUAAGUGUAAAGUGAUAUUGUUUGCCUCUUGAGCAAGUACACUUGACUAAUUACUAAGGUGUGCUUUGAUUAUGUGCUGUUUACCAAGAUUUAUGAGAAUUAUAUAAAGGACAUUUAAUAUAGAUAUUGUGUUAACAGAGCUAGACAAAAUUUUAAUGGUAUCAAUUCACCUGGUUGGAAUGUUUUCUUAAACAUUUUGUGACUUUGAAGAAAUUUGUCAACCUUUGUACCAAUUAUGCCUAUUGAAGAAAGGGUUGCUUCUUAAGUUAUAUUAAAAUAUAUAUAACUUGUGUCCACAAAAUACUGUACUUGGUAGUGAAGAACACGCACAACCAACAAUGUACAGAAACGAAGAUGAGAAUUGACUUAAGUUGUGUUUCAUUCAGCCUGUAAGAGUCAGAUGUUAAAUAUUAUCAGUAAUUAAAGUUCAGUUUCAUCUUGUUUCUCAACAUAAUACCAAAGUUUAUAAGUUCAAAGGUGUAAAUUGUUUGAGCCUGUUGGCCUUCUGUGUUCAUUUCAGCGUUACCAAAAGUCAAACUGGUGUUUUAUUAUCAAGUACAAUUGCUGGCACAACAUCAAUCAUGUAAGACAAGAGAUUUUAUAGAGGCUUUCAUCAUUUUCUUUGUUAAUGUGUAAACAAAAGAAAGGGGGGUGCUUAGAAUUUUAUAGAAGUUUCCAUGAAGUUAAAGCUUGUUUCAACCAAUCAGAAGCAUGUUACGACAGAGUAACAUUUGAUUGGUUGUGAUAUCAGAGAUAAUUCCUGACCCAAUCAGAAGAGGUUUCCUCCACUCUCGGGCAUACUAAGAUUGUCAUUAAUGGAUCAACAACUUGAUUCCAGCUCAGCAGCAAUGAGAGGAAUGUGUGCAAUGUGCCACAGCAGUUUGUUUGUCACCAUGUCAAGGCUGAAGGUCUGCUAGGCAAUCAAGAUAAUACAGCUAUUAGUGGUGAGAAAUCUGCAUUGUUGGCGACACUCGUAGCUGUGAACUUCUCCGAGGUAAUAGAAAGCAGCGGAACUGUUUUGACAAUGCUUGUAUUUGCAUCGAGGGAGGAGAGUUGUGGAGUAGCAAAAGUAGGGCAUUUUGUAGUCAACUGUGAGAAAUCAAUGCAUUAGGGACACAAUAAAGAAGAGACCUACGGGACUUAAAGGUCCUUCAAAAUGACAAGUACAUGGUCAAAUAAGUAGCUAAUGGAAAUCUAUGUGGUAAGUGCCUCGUAACUGAGUGUGGUAUAAGGGAAACCAGGCUACAUACAACCAUUAAAUUAUGUAGAAAUACUACAGGACUGGCAAGGAGUGUGUGGGGUGCUGUAUAGUAAGCUAUCUCGAGAGGGCCACAAUAAGACGAGCCUUUCAGCCUCUGGCCGAUUUCAAGAUUGUAAUUAAAUUCAUAAGUGAGGACGUGCUGAAAAAAGGAGUAAACAGGUAAUGUAUUAUUAUUUUAUUUUUUGGUAUACUGUAGUAUGUUAAUGAAAAUGAGGAAAAUGAAAACACAGUGGUAAGAAUAAUUCCACAAGACCCUCAUCCCUGAUCUAUAGGGACAUUUCAAAUUGAUAAUUUUAAUUAUCUCGAGCAACACAUGUAAACUCGAGGAUUAUUGACUGAUACUGUCAUGUUUGAGAAUAAUUGUAAGUGCAAUAAUACUGUACUUGUGAGCCAUCCAUUAAUGUUUACACAACUGCAGUUUUAUAGUUAGGCAAAGACAUUCAGAAUGUUUAAGUUUACCUGGUUUGAUGCCGCAUCAAAUUUGUGUUGAUUCGUUUGUAAUCCUCGGUUCAGUAAUUAUUCCUACAACACAUUCUCCACUACAUUAUCAAUGUGUAGCCUAAUCUGUUAAUUAAUUUUAGCAAAGAAUCAUAAACUUAUUGUUAAUGUUUCUGACAACUGUCAGAAGUGGCCAUUACCUGUGUAGAACAUUAAUCAGUGUGAAGUGUAAUUUGAGCAUAGCAGCCAUUAAAUAGAAAGCAGAUAUUGGCAAUGUUUUAGCAAUCGUUGCUACUAAUUUAUUCUUGCUACAGUGUUUAAGUUGAUUUAUUUGUUGUAUAUUUUUUUCUGUACGGUAUAUUAUCUUAACUACUGACAAUAACUGAAAAGGAAGCUACAAGCAGGCAGUCGCUGAUAUAACCCCCUGAUUAACAAGCCAAGUAUUACUUGGGAAGUGAAAGGUUACGUGACAUGCUCACCAAGAAAGUGUUUGCAAAGAUUCCCAACCCCUUGAUAGAAGUAACUACAGUACAGGCAGGUAGCAGCUGGAGCUAACCAGUGUAGGAGUAAAAGGUAAGGUUAUCCUCACAAGAAUAGUGUGUGUGUGCAUUUUAGAUCAAAUUAAUUACUGUAUGGCCUACGGGUGUAUGAGCUAUGCUGUAGUAGAGAAACUUCAAAGGAGUACUCCGGUGUGAAGCCUUGUUCCAGAUAUCUCGGUAGUAACAAUACAUUCCGUAGCCCACAUCGAAUUAAUAUACCAAUUCAUGGCCUAUCUAGAAUAUGUCACAUAGCGGUCGGUAGUUAUUCAAAGUCAUGACAUAAACUAGUUCAGUAUUAGACUAGAAAAACUUUGUGUACAGUCAUUUGUUGAUUCGUAGGGUGUUGGAUCUUGGCAGCAGCUUAAAAGGAGUUCACAUAUUUCUGAAUUCAGUAGUAACCAAGUUAAGAAAUGGAAUUGGCUAUUGGAUAAGCUAGGGAGACAUUUUAUUUGUGACAUAGGAAGACGGGAAUUGGAGGAGUCAGAAUAUAUAGGUGAAUAAAGAUAAGAGUUUGGGGAUUCGAACCCUUAUAAAGGCUCAGCCGUGGCAUGGAAAAGUCAUAUACAUGCCAUUUCCAGGCAGUUGAGUGACUAUUUGAAGCCCCUCUUUGAUGAUGGGGUAACUAGUCACUACUGUUUCAACUGCAAUGGUACUACUGUACUUUACAGGUCAUUGGCUCCACCCACCAAAGGUGUCACCCUUUAGGCUGCCCUUUGUAAAUAGAUUAGGGCUUGAUGGGGUGUUUGUACCAGUGUGGUCAAAAUUUUUUGUUUGAAAAAGAGAGGUUUCCCUGUCAUGAAUUUUACACUAAACAAUUUUCUCUUAUCUAGACUCUUGUGGUGGGUAACCAGGCCCAAGAGAAUUGCACUUCUGCAAGUCCUGCAACCUCUCUUCAACUGGGAGGUGCACUAGGAAAUUGCACUAUGGUUUCUUUAAUUUGUCAGAGCACAAUGGUCUUUUGCCUUAUUUUUGGGGAGUCCAGCUAUCAUAAAUAUACUGGUACUGUAAUUGUAUCGCCUGCAUCCUUGUAAUAAAAAUUCCCUGGGAACUCUAGUAUCCUCUUGGCCCCCCCUGAUAUUCACCUCAUCUUUUUCCCUUCUGCCACUGAAAUUUAUAACAACAUUGCAAAUUUUGUUGAAGCCAAACCCUUUACACCCUACAUCCCUUUCUAAUAUCCAGAACAGGGAACAUGAUUUCAUCCUUUUCUUCUUUUCCCUAAGGGUAGGAAAGCUGCCAUCGCUCCCAUCCUUGUUACAUCUUUGUUCCUCAUCAGUUCCAAUUACCUAAAUGCUCCCUUCUCUUAAGAGUAACCACAUUUUCAUCCUUGCCGCUUAUAAGACAUUCCUUUUUUGUUACCAUUAGUUACCACAAAUUUUAUUGAUCACUACUCUAGGUUACUGCUAUAUUGUACUAUAUUGUCUGAAUUUUUGAUUCAGCACUGUAUGAAUGGUAUACAGUGUCAGUCAGUAGUCUUAAACACUACUUGUGCAAUGUUUUGUAUGAUUAUAAGGUAUAGCCAAUUUUAGAAGUAGUGCAAAUAAAAUGUAGUUUGCUUCUUUUAAAUUGGCUUAAUGGUUAUUAAUACUGUAUGAAUAUUUAGUGUUGCAUUGUAAUAAAUUUCACCAUUGACUUACUGGGUAGGAGCUUGGCUAUAUACCAGUUCAUAAUUGGUUUGCAAUGUAACAUAAUUUAUUAAAGGUUAUUCUAUCAGAAAUAAAGUAUCUGAUGGGUAAAGCAGAUUGUGAUUGGCAUUGUGUUAUACUGUCUUUAGUUUACAUGUGGCAAUCAAAAUUUCUUCCUUGAAAAUUGGUAUCAAACCUUGUGUGAUUGAAUUUUCAUAGUGGGUGUACAGUACAUAUGAUGCAUAUAUAAUAAAUAUAUAUAUAUAGUG